UGUUUUUCGGCGAGUGUAAACAAUUCUUGUUAGUAACUGUUUUAAGAAGGUAAUGAGAUGACACAAGUGGCUGAUUUUACAUCUCUCCCUGUAAAAUUUGGAGAAAAGAGCUCGGUGGUUAGGUAUCUAUAUAUGAAAAGACAUGAGGCUGUCGAUAAUAUUUUAAAACCUACUGAUCGUACUUUAUAUAUCAUAAAUGUGCCAUCUUAUGUGCAACAAGAUUGUGUGAAAAAUAUCUUUGAUAAGUGUGGUGACAUCGAAAAGGUAUUUAUUCAGUCGAAGCCCAAUAGUAAAAUUAAUGAUGGUGACGAUAAAUCCACAAAAUAUUUUACAGAUAAAUCAUCACCUUCAGGCUGUAAAGUAGUUUAUGUUGUAUUUGAAAAGCCCUCCAGUUUAAGGAAAGCCUUGCUUUUGAAAGAUACUGUACAAACCAUACCAUCAGAACUACUUGCACCAAACAUCGGAAAAUACAAAUGGUGCAGAUCAUAUAACUCAAGCUUCAUUGACAUUAAAGAAGUUCAAAAAGAGAUUGAAAAUUUUAUGUCUGAUUACGAUAAGUCAGUGGCCGAAGGGAAACGUAAGGCACAAGAAUUGGAUGGAGUUACGGACGAAGAAGGUUGGAUCACUAUUUCAAAACACAGCAGAAAAUCCAAGAUUCCACGAAAGGAAGCAGUGAACAAAAAGCUUAAGAGGUUUGAGAUUGAAAAAUCAAAGAAGACGCUGUUGAAUUUUUACAAGUGUCAGUUGCGUGAUUCUAAAAUGCAGCAUUUAACUGAGUUGAGUAAAAAGUUCGAGAAGGAUAAAGAGCGUAUUGCAUUGAUGAAAGUAAACCGAAAAUUUAAACCGUUUUAAUUUGCUUUUGCACAUUGUAUAGUAUGUUAAUAAAUAUAUUUCAUUUUGAA